UGGAGUGAGCGAUUAAACAAAGCGGCGGUCGUGGUCGCGGCUUUUUGUUGCAUGCAAUGCGAUGCAUGCGUGUGCUUUGGGCAGCACCAGUUCCCUCCAUUUCGAAUUUCAAAUCCCAUCCGGCCGUUCCCCAAGGCCGACGCGACGCUCUCCCACUCUCUGCCACUGCAAAGCCCCCCGCCCCGGGCUCUCUCGCACGCGCACGCAGUCGCACACACACCUGUCUGCUCCGCCUCCCGUUCUCUCGGCCUCCUCUCCGUGCGGCGUUUCUUUCUUUUCUUGAGUCUCCUUCCUCCUCUCCGGCGGCCGCCGCUCUAGCUCUAGUGCUGUUCUUGGCGUGGAGGAGGGGAUGGGAGGGUCCGGGAAGUGGGUCAAGUCGCUCAUCGGGCUCAAGAAGCCCGACAGGGAGGAUUGCUGCAAGAACAAGCUGCUGGUUCCGUCCGUCCUGGGAGUGGGAGGCAAGGGCCGGAAGUGGAGGCUGUGGAGGAGCUCCUCCGGCGACCACGGCUCCCUGUGGCGCGGCUCCAGGGGCGGCAGCCAGCGGUCAGCGGCGUCCGAGGCCUCCGACGACGCCUCCUCGCUCGCCGCCGCCGCCGCCGACAUGUUCACCGCCGCCCUCGCCACCGUCGCCCGCGCGCCGGCCAAGGACUUCAUGGCCGUCCGGCAGGAGUGGGCCGCCAUCCGCAUCCAGACCGCCUUCCGCGGCUUCCUGGCGCGGCGGGCGCUGCGGGCGCUCAAGGGGCUGGUGCGGCUGCAGGCCAUCGUGCGCGGCCGGCAGGUGCGGAAGCAGGCGGCGGUGACGCUCCGGUGCAUGCAGGCGCUGGUCCGCGUGCAGGCGCGCAUCCGGGCGCGCCGCGUGCGCAUGUCCACCGAGGGCCAGGCCGUGCAGAAGCUCAUCCAGGCUCGCCGCACCAAGCUCGACAUCCUCCGGGAAGCCGAGGAAGGAUGGUGCGACAGCCAGGGAACUCUAGAGGCAGUGAGAGUGAAGCUGCAGAAACGGCAGGAAGGAGCAAUCAAGCGCGAGCGAGCUAUCGCCUACGUGUAUCACGGCGUAGCGAAAUGCAAUCAACCCAAGGGCGGCAAUGGCCGGUCCAACCAGUCGGGCCUCCUGCUCAAGCACCAGCACUGCGACAAGAACAACGGCAGCUGGAGCUGGCUGGAGAGGUGGAUGGCGGCGAGGCCCUGGGAGAACCGGCUGAUGGAGGAGCACAACCAGACCAACGCCAGCUCGCCGGACCUCGUGCCGUCCAAGAACUGCGAGGACGCCUUCGGUGUUCUCGGGGACUUCUCCGAGCCGAAUUCAGUCAAGGUGAGGAAGAACAACGUGAGCAAGAGGAUCAGCGCGAAGCCGCCAGGCGCGACGCACCCGCAGCGGUUCAAAGCCCAGUCCAUCUCGUCCCUGAGCACCGAGCUGCACAACGACGAGAGCUCGGCGUCGUCGUCGUCAUGCUUUGCGUCGACGCCAUUGUCGUUCUCCACCUUGCUCACACCAGAGAAGACCAACAAUGGCAGCGGCGUCAGGUCGAGGCCGAACUACAUGAGCUUGACGGAGUCCAUCAAGGCGAAGCGAAAGCCCUGCGGCGCGCAGAAGACGACGGCAUCGAAGCAGUUGGAUGAUCGGAAAGCCCCAGGCGCCGAGUUGAAGGCCGCCAAGCCGUAAACGCACGGUGUUCGUGGAACUCCAGGAAGAGAUGAAGAGCCAAUUUUCAAGCUCUCUCUAGGGUGUUUUUCAGUGUCUUGGUGCUGCAUUCUUGAGUGUGUGUGUGUGUGUGUUGCUGGUGUCUCAUGUUCAACAUCUUGUUGUCGGAUUGGUUGCCCCGUCUCAGGGCAGCCCUCAUUGUCAUUGGCAGUGUCUUUGUAAGAUAGUUCUUUGACUGAGAUAAAAAAAAUUGUGUGGAUUUUGUUA